ACCUUAACGACGAAGCCCGCUACUUGCACAAAAGUCAAAAAAGCCCCCACUUACUUUCCCUCUAUAUAUAUAUAUAUCAUCUCCUACACAAACAAAAACAAACACAAACCUUCUUCAAUGGAAGAUUGGUGGUUUUCAUGGCUCUCGAGAACAAACCUUGAACCUUCUCUCAUCCACGAAUACGGUCUUUCCUUCUCUCAGAACGAGCUCGAACACGAAGACAUCUCUUACUUCAACCACGAGUUUCUCCAGAGCAUGGGAAUCUCCAUUGCCAAACACCGUCUCGAGAUUCUCAAACUCGCUCGUCGAGAUCGUAAGAACACUCCUCCUCUCACCUCUCGAUCCAUCUCUAGAAUCGUGACUGCGAUUAAGAAAACCAGGAAAUGUUUCUCCGAUCACGUACGCGCCUGGAUCCGCCGUGAAGAAGAGUCGUCGUCGUCUCGAGCUCUGGUGUUAGUGCCGAAGAAGACUAGCAGCAGCGGGAUUGGGAAGUGGAGAGGUGGAUUUCUGAAGAGGAACAAGAGAUCUGUGAUGCCGAGCAAUGGAAAUGGCGGAUUCGAGAAGCAAGAGAGGUUGUUGUUGACCAAUGGGACUCCUUGUAGAAUCGAUAGCUUCUCAAGUCCCAUGGUUUUCGAUUACAGUUUCAAGGAUGAGAAACUUUCUGCUCAAGAUACUUAUUUUGAAGACAUCAAAUGGGAUUCAAUGUUUCAGAAUCUCAAACCUACUUAGAGAAAAAUCUCCCAAGUUCUGUUCUGUUUUGGAUUCAAGUUCUUCUUCUUUCUUUAUAUCAGAUUGAUGGUGAGAGAUGAGGUUUUAGGGUUCUUCCACCAUGGUUUCUUGAUAUUUUUGUCUUUGUGUGUUGGAGUGUGUGAUUAGGCUAAUUAUUUUUUGUUAGUUAACAAUUAGAAAAAAGAAUUUGAGUGGAG